AUGCAUCUUUUAACCAUCCUCGCUAUUGUCUCUACUUCUGCACCGCUCGUAGUUGUUGCUACUUGCUAUAUCUGUAGAGACGGGACCGUGUUAACCCCAUACUACGGCAUCGGUGGUUGCAAUAUCUUCUAUUAUGCAUGUAAAGGAGGCUACCGUUCGGGCAACUUUCGUAGAGAGGAUAAGCUGGAAAUCCGCGACGACAAUACCCGCGAAAUCUUAGAUGCUGAAGCCUUUACGUCUGCCGAUAUUGAUGGAUCUGGAAAUUACAUGGGCACUUCGGAAGAUGACAAGCUUUAUAUCGACUGGUUCAACAAUGUUAUCACCCCCGAUAAGAUCCGUGUCGAGUAG